CUGGCCAGGAUGAGCGCAGCCAGAAAAUGGCGGAUAUUGAGGAGUUACGGGUAGGCGAAAGUGCAAUGAUAGCUGGCUACUUCUAUGCGUCUUUCACAUUUUAAAAACCAUUUUGCGGUUACCGUUUGUUAAUCCAUUUUACUGUUCGGGUUGCUGCCCUUGGGUUAGUUUCUGUAUAGUUAACACAGAAACGUCCCAUCACUCUGUUAGACGGAGUGUGUUUAGCCUGUUAGCCACCAACCACUCUUUUAGCUCUCGAUCUGCAACACAAACAUUGAAGAUCAGCCUCAAAAUGGCACUGCUUUUAUUACCACCUUUCACUGCAUGAAAAAGCUUUAUUAUAAUGCCUAACUGAACUGACGACUGUUCGCUGCAGAUGCAUUUCGGUCAUUUGUUAAGGAUUUUUAAAGAAAAACGGAUUAACACGUAAGAACAAUCAAGCAUGGACCAUGUAAUGAAGGAAUAUGGUAUCAAGUUUCCGCGUCUCAGAGCUCCAGGUACUGUUAGGAUUUGCUGGAAGGAAUAAGAGUGGUCGAAAACAUGAACUUUUGCUGAGGGCUUUGCAUUUACUCAGGAGUGGUUGUAGUCCUGCUGUGCAGAUCAAAAUAAAGGAACUUUAUCGUCGGAGAUACCCGCGGACAUUUGAUGGUCUUCAGGAUUUGGCGGCUCUGAAGUCAAGCAUUAAAUCCUAUUUUCAAAUAGACAGCGGUGACACAGUAGUGAGCUCAGAUCUUCCUCUGCAAACCGGCCAUUCUGACUUCCUGCAGCAGCAGCAGCACCUGGUGAGCUGCGAUUCACCUGCGUUUCAUGAAUCAAAGCCCAUGAUGAUGAAUAUGCAGCAGCAGCCCACGCCACUUAUGGCCCCAGUUCACCCAGACGUGCAGAUGAAGUCCCUACCAUUUUACGAUGUGCUGGAUGUCUUGAUUAAACCAUCAAGCUUAGGGACCCAUGCUGGUCAGAGGUUUCAUCAUGAAAAGUACUUCAUAUUUGCUUUGACUCCACAACAAGUGAGAGAAGUUUGCAUUUCACGGGACUUUCUUCCAGGUGGAAGAAGGGACUACAUGGUUCAAAUUCAGCUGCGGUUUUGUCUAGCAGAGACCAGCUGUCCACAAGAGGACAAUUUUCCAAACAGCCUCUGCAUCAAAGUCAAUGGGAAGCUCUUUCCCCUCCCUGGCUAUGCACCGCCUCCUAAGAAUGGUGUGGAGCAAAAAAGACCCGGCAGACCACUGAACAUCACGUCGCUGGUCAGGCUGUCGUCCGCUGUACCUAAUCAGAUAGUAGUGACGUGGGCACCUGAAAUAGGGAAGACAUACUCCAUGUCAGUUUACUUGGUACGGCAGCUGACCUCCCCACUGUUACUACAAAGAUUAAGAAUGAAGGGGAUCAGAAACCCUGACCAUUCCAGAGCGUUAAUUAAAGAAAAACUCACGGCAGACCCUGACAGUGAAAUUGCCACAACUAGUUUACGAGUCUCACUCAUGUGUCCACUUGGCAAGAUGCGUCUUACGGUACCCUGCCGAGCUGUCACCUGUUCUCAUCUGCAGUGCUUUGAUGCUGCUCUAUACCUGCAAAUGAAUGAGAAGAAGCCCACCUGGAUCUGUCCUGUCUGUGACAAAAAAGCCACAUAUGAGAGUCUGAUUAUAGAUGGGCUCUUCAUGGAAAUACUUAAUGACUGCACAGAUGUUGAUGAAAUCAAGUUUCAGGAAGAUGGGACUUGGUGUCCAAUGAGACCAAAGAAGGAGACGUUGAAAGUGUCAUCUCCAUGUAUCCCAAAAAUUGAUUGCGCUGUCCCAGUGCGGCAAAGUGCAGUGGUGCUACCCCCAGAAACCAGCAGCACAAAAAAAGGAGACGUAAUCGACCUCACGCUAGAGAGCUCAUCUGAUGAUGAAGAGGACAGUGAUCCUCCUCUGAAAAAGCGCUGUGUCUACAUGUCAAAGGCUGAGGAGAUGCACAACAAAGGGGUCCUGACUUACCAGCCAUCAACUGUUCGGGUGCCAGAUGUCCAAGCGCUAGACACCUCAUACCUGACCUCCUCAAUAGCGGACUACUCCGUUCCAUUCCACCAUUCUACCUUAUCCACUAUUCCCACAGAUAUGCAAAGUCUUGAUUUAUUUUCUCUGAUUCAAGGGGAUCCACAGCAGCAUUACAGAGGCCCCAUAUUUUUAGACAACCUUUCCAACAGCCUUCAGAGUGCUAGCACCAGCCUGGUUUCCUCAUCAGCUCCGUAUGAGACGGCAACCCAUAGCAGCAGCUCGAGUCAUGAGACGGGUGUCAUUACGGGAGGAUCUUCAGGCCUAUCAGACAUUAUCUCACUAGACUGAAUCCUGGCGCAUCUUUAUUGGCCAGUCACUAAAACAGUUAUUUUCUACAUUUAACUAUGGACCUCAAGAAUCGUGUUUUGACAAGGACCCAGAAGGACUGCUAUGAAGAUCUCUAAAUGUUGUGGCUGAGACCGCAACAAUGCUGUUCUAAAAAGCAAACCUGAAUCAAGCUGUUUUCCCGUUGUAUUGAGGAAACUGCCAAAUACGCAAUGACUCUCAUCCAUUAGCUAUUUGAUUGGAGGAGCAGAGUGUGACAAACGGCAUAAAUGAGUGGACUGGAAAGCUCAGACGAGUCUAAUAAUGACACUCAUCUAAAUUGUAUGUUUUGCAUUGGCAUUUCUGCAGUUGAACGGAAGCAGGUUUUCAGCGGCAGCUCAGUUUGUUGUCUCUUCGAUAUCAGCAGUGCAAUUAUUUUUUGUUACAAGACUUCAAUUGCAGCAAUAAAAAAAAACAUACAUUGUAUAUUGUAAAAUGUUUAUUUGUUCACUUCAUGUCUGAUAUCAAGGCAGAACGCCUAAGCAGAUCUUUUUUUUUUUAUUUGUUUGUGGUUAUUUGCUCAAGAGCCAUCAGAUUCCCUUUUGCUGAUGUGGUAAACUUAUUUUCAAUCUGUAAUUUUAUAUGAAAGUUUUUUUUGCUAUCUGAGCACAUCUUACCAUUCACCUCAGAAAUUAAUAUGACCGUUGUUAAAACAAGGAGUAAUCUGUCUAAUUUCAUGUUUUUUGGGAAGUUAACAGCCUGCAGGUGUAAUAAAAAUAAAACUGCAUUGUUUUUUUUUUUUGGUUUUUUUUUUAGGAUUAUGCAAGUUUUUAUAUAGGAUGGGGAUCUUUUGUCUUUCAGAAAUCUGCUUUAAUUGUAAAAUGGUUAUUUACUUAAUAGAUAUGAGUUGCGGUUUGAAUUAAUCUCAAAUAUCUUACUGGCAGGGCCGUCCUUAGGGCGGUGCAACUGGUGCAGUUGCACUGGGCCCCAUGCUUGAGGGGGCCCCGCGGCGAACGGACUGAGGGGGGUACCUCCCCCCCACGCUCCCUACCUCGCACAGGACCCAGCAUCAGCUAAGGAUGGCCCUGCUUACUGGAUUAUGAGCAAUACAACAUACUGUCAAUUUGACUAAGUUUGAAGGCAUGUAACAGGCUGUUUAUUUCUUUUAUAAGUUCCCCCU